CAUGGUUGCUGGUUCACCACCAGUUCUCUUAGACCGGAGGCAGGAGCAGGUGAUCAUGGCUGAGGACGUGACAGUGUCAGAGGAGACUUUAACAAGUGCUCUGACUCUGUUGGUGAACCUGGGCAAAGCUCUUCUCCAGAAUGCCAAGCAGGAUGCAGAAGCCUCCCUGGAGAACUUUGUCCCAUAUAAGAUCACCACUUUAUUUGGCCUGAUGACAGCAGGAACAGACUUCUACAAAAGCCUUGGAGUGAAGAAGAAGAGUGAAGCGGAGGCCGUUUGGCAGAAGUCUUAUCACCAUGCAGCAGUGAGAGAGCAGGUGGAGGAGCUUCUGCAGCUGGAGAAUGAGUGGGACUCCUUCCUGCAGAGAGUGGACAGAGAUCUGCAGACCACAGAUGGGCAACUCUCAGGAGUGAAGACCGCAGACAGUCUGAGCCCUGAUUCUUCAUUCACUGACGGACGGACCGGAAAGAAUGUGACUCUGGGUGAGUACCUGGGUCAGGGUCAGAAGCUCCUGCUGGUUCUCAUCAGACAUUUUGGAUGACUGCCGUGACGAGACCACGUGGCUGAGCUGGAGGCCAGUCAGGCUGUCCCGGAGGCUCGGCCACUGCGGGUCUUGGUGGUUUCUUUCGGCAGCUUGGAGGGAGCUCAGCUGUGGUUGGAGCAGACUGGAUGUACCUUUGACAUGCUGCUGGACCCACAGAGAAAGAUCUACAGGAGUUUUGGCCUCGGCUCGUCCUACGCCAAGGUGAUGAAGUUCGGCUGCCUGCUGCAGUACUCGGAGUACGGAGCUGUCAAGAGAGACUUCCCCGACGUCCCCCCUCGCCUGCUGGAAGACAUUUACCAGAUGGGUGGUGACUUUUUGCUGGAUGAAGCGGGGAAGGUGCUUCUCUCUCACCCGUCUAAAACCCCCAUGGACAGGCUGACUGUGAAGGACAUCCUGCAGGCCGCGGCCGCUGCAGGCUGCUCUGCCAGCUCCGCAUAGACACAUCAGUAUGUGGAACAAAAGCUGUGAGAGCCUGGGGUUUGAUUUAACACAGCACUGACACAACAGAGGAAGAGCAGCUCUUUGACUCACGUUAAUGACGUCACGUCUCGCACUCAUGGCGCCGUGAAGAGGUGUGACCGACGCAAAACUGUACGGCAAAGACAACUGAUCUUCUUUGUUGUGUCAAUGUUGUGAUGGCAGCAUUUUAAAACUAGAAAGAGACAUACCUCUGCCUUGUCCAAACAAUCCUACAUGUAUCUGUCUAACUCUUAUAUCCUUCAUUAUUUCCUGAGAAAUUGAUAAAAAAAUGUCUUUCUGGCAGUGUUAAGGAAAGAGAUUUAAAAAAAAAUAAAUCCUGAAUCCGCCCCCUUUAAUUAGAUUCACAUCAAACAUUAAUGGGUCUUCCCUGUCCAUGUCCCAACCCUCCACCAGGUUCAGUGUAAAUUGGUUCGGUACUUAUUGUGUAAUCCUGCUGACAAACAAACAUCCUUGGCGGAGGUAAUGAGUAGUACUAUUUGAAUGCAUUGUAAUUCAAUAUAAAUGUAAUUUCAUAUCAUAUCAAUGUUAUUUAACUUUAAAAACACACUGAUUUGCUUUUGGAAAUAUAAGAAAUUAGCCAGUAUAGCAUCUUAAGACUUUACUUUAAAGCUGCGUUCAGCUGCUUUGGACUUUGGCGGCUCCAAGUGGCAGUAAGAAGUAACAUUUUAGAUUUUUUAGAUUGAGGUACAAUUAACUACAUUACCCAGAAAUCAUGCUACAUUGUGAUACAAUUGACUACUUCAUUGAAUUAAUUUUCUCCCAUGUGGUCAGGGUAGAGAUGAUGAUGGGAAGAAAAGUUGUUUCUAAUUUCAUCUUUUAAUACAGUUACAUUUUUAGGUAAAACUUUCUUCUACUGCACUGUGAAAUGUUUACUGUAGAAAAGAAAAAAAGAUAUAAUUGCUGCUGUGCUACAGAUCUUAUCUUUUCAUAUCUGAAAUAAAAUAAUCAUGAACUGUUAACUGAUGUUAAAAAUGACUCAGGAUGAGUAGGGCUGGGUAUUUAACUUAAAUUUGACAAACGUGCCUGAGACGGUCAAGAUUAUUGAAUAUCUGGUCAGGAUUUUAAUCUUGUUUAUUUGAUGAAAUUGUUCCUAAUUUUAUUUAGACAACAAUUAAUAUUGUAGAUUCUCUGCUUCUUUUGUUGAAUUUAAAAAGGUUCUGUUAAAAACAUGUACUGUAUAUCUCUCAAUGAUGUUUUGACAUCGGACCGAAACUCAGCCUUACUGAUGGGGAAAUCUGUCUUUUACCUAUUUAACAUUUUUCCUCUAAUCAGAAAAUUACGCUGUGAACCAUGUUAACACAUAGUAAAGAUUUAUUAAAAACA